UGACAGCAGCCGCGCACAUUCUGCCCUGCGGGCACUGUGGGCUCUGCACCGCAUGAUCCACCCUGCUGUUGGAGAGCAGUGGAGGGUCAAGAUUCCCAUCCUGCUCUCGACUAUUGAAGCUUCAGGAAAUCCUGAGACCUCCCAGGACAAUGUGUGGUGGGAGCACCUGCUGCUGAAGUUCCUGAACAUGACACUGAAGAGCAUUGCUGACGAUGCCUGGAGCAGUCAGCUGAGCCUGGAGCUGCAGCACCAGACAGCCAGUUAUGCCUGCUCCUCCCCGGAGAAGCACGUUGUGACCAUCCUGGCAUUCUCAGCCGAGGGCCACCUGGACCUCACCCUGGGCACGCUGGAGGACUUUGGUGCGGCUCUGAGUAAAGUGCAGGUGUCUGGGAUAGUCGGCCGCCUGCAGGACUAUCACCAAGGGAAAAGAGCCAGGACCCACAGGGCCUUGAUACUGGCCUACGGCCGAAUUGCUGUCCAUGGCCCCCGAACACAGCUGCUCCCCCGCGUGGAGCAUGAUCUCACCAGGAAGGUCCUGCAGUAUUACAUGACCAGCUGCCAGGUAAGAGCCUGGGACUGCACCAUGUCGGGAAGAGGCCUGCCAUGGGACUGAUGUCUCCUUUGCACUUGGGUGCCUAGAGAGGCUCUGACUGUCUGAUCCUCCCCCUGAACUCAGGCCUGUGAUGAGCAUCCAUGUUAAUCCUUCUGGGAUGAUGUGCAGUGGGAGGGACCCACGCAUGGAGAGUGCUGGGAUAGACGCUCCUGACAUCCUGUCCUGCGCUGGAGAGGGGCACGCAUUCAUGCCCUUGCACUGCUCAACACUCCCCAGCCCAGCCCUUUUUUGGACCUGGCAGGGAGCUGUAGUCUGGAGCCGUCCAGGCAUUGACGAUUGUUUUGCAUUUCACUUCCCAGGUGC